GUGUUUCUGAAGACGGCCCAGUCAUCAUGGCACAUGCUAGUAUUUAUUUGGGUUUUACUGUUCCACAAUUACUGAGAGGUGCUAGCAGAAUUUCUCCUGCUCGCUCUGCAUUCGCGGUGUUGAGGCACUCUGCUUUUUGUUACUGCACAGUGAACGGUACAAUAAAAUCAAAAAGGAAAAUGGAUCAUCUAGAGAGGACAGCAAAUAAUUUUCGCCAGGAGGUAAUUUCACAAGCAAAAGUGUGUGGAAUCAGCAAUGAAUCAGAGACAGUCAAAAGACUUCGUCUGGCUGUCACCAAUAAGGAUUUUACUUUCAAAGCAGGACAGUGGGUUGAUUUCUUUAUUCCUGGAGUAUCUGUAGUUGGGGGAUUCUCAAUAUGUUCAAGCCCUGGCCUGUUGGAACGAGAAGGAAUAUUAGAGCUGGCAGUAAAGCACACUGCGCAUCCUCCUGCUCGCUGGAUUCACACUGAGUGUACUCUUGACUCAGAAGUGGCUCUGCGAGUGGGAGGUGAUUUCUUCUUUGAUCCUCAGCCUGGUGACUCCCCUGCAAAACUGGUGCUGAUAGCCGGGGGUGUUGGAAUUAACCCGUUGUUUUCUAUACUGCUGCAUAUAGCAGAUCUUCAUGGAUACCGAGAGGGUAAAGGAAAUGCGUACAAAAUGGGAACAGUGAAGCUGUACUACAGUGCAAAAAAUACAAGCGAACUCUUAUUUAAGAAAAAUAUUCUUGGUUUGAUGAAUGCAUUUCCUGGAAAGAUCACAUGUCGUUUCCACGUAACCCGACAGAGUUCACAGAUCUGUGAGGAACUUCAGCCACAUGUUACAGAGGGAAGAAUAUCUGAAAAGGAUCUAGAGAAACAUGUAUCCAAGGAUACUUUGUGGUACAUCUGCGGUCCACCCCCAAUGAUAGAAUCUAUAUCCAAACUACUGUCCAACAUUGGUGUUCCUAGAGACUCUGUUUUCUUCGAGAAGUGGUGGUAGUGACACCUGCUGAUUUUUUUGUUUGUUUCCAGCGUAUUUUGAUCAGCUGAAAUGUGCAGAAAAUGGACUAUGAAUUAUUUGGGAGAUCUUUACUUCGUACAUGAAGAUGUCUUCAGUCACAAUGGUGUUCCUUUAAUUUAACUGUAACACACUUGUAAUACAGUGCUGCUGCUUUGGGGAGAAAAAUGAUUUUAUAUUAAAGACAUUAACUGUU